AUGCUUCUGGGCGCUAAGGUGGUACCCCGCGACAAGAAGCAGCAAGGAGGCGGCGAGGAGGCGGAGAUGGGAGGUGACGGGAUGAGGGCAAGUGAGGUUGUUAGCAAGGAGAUGGAGGGCGUCCGUGCCAUCGUGCUCAAGCCGUCCGAGUCCCUCGACGAGUCGCGGUUCACCAAAAUCGCCGGCGCCGACUUCAACGACGCCGGCCUCGGCCUCGACGGCCUUCUUGGCUCGCUCGCCUCCACGGGCUUCCAGGCGUCCAACCUCGGCGACGCCAUCGACGUCGUCAAUCAGAUGUUAGAUUGGAGCUUGUCGCAUGAGAAGCCAAGCGAGGACUGUGAUGAAGCUGAACUUGACCCGAAAUACAGAGAAUCUGUCAAGUGCAAGAUAUUUCUUGGUUUCACUUCAAACCUUGUUUCUUCCGGUAUACGGGAUGUUAUACGGUUUCUGGCUCAGCAUCACAUGGUGGAUGUUAUUGUUACGACAGCUGGGGGUAUAGAGGAAGACCUCAUAAAAUGCCUCGCACCAACUUACCGAGGUGAAUUUUCUUUACCUGGGGCACUGCUACGGUCAAAAGGACUUAACCGGAUAGGAAAUCUGUUGGUGUCCAACGAUAACUAUUGCAAGUUUGAAAACUGGAUCAUGCCACUCUUUGACCAGAUGCUACAAGAACAAUCUGCUGAGAAUGUCUGGACACCAUCAAAAGUGAUUGCUCGUCUUGGCAAAGAAAUAAAUGAUGAAAGCUCCUACCUUUACUGGGCAUACAAGAACAAUAUUCCUGUAUACUGCCCAGCAUUGACUGAUGGAUCACUCGGAGACAUGCUGUUUUGUCAUGCAGUUCACAAUCCUGGUCUUAUUAUUGACAUUGUACAAGAUAUAAGGCUGAUAAAUGGUGAAGCCAUUCAUGCAAGCCCAAGGAAGACAGGGGCCAUAAUUCUUGGUGGAGGCCUUCCAAAGCAUCACAUAUGCAAUGCAAAUAUGUUUCGCAAUGGUGCAGAUUAUGCAGUCUAUAUCAACACAGCUCAAGAGUUUGAUGGAAGCGACUCAGGAGCACAGCCAGAUGAAGCAGUUUCAUGGGGAAAGAUCAAAGGUUCAGCAAAGCCUGUAAAGCUUUUGGAAAUCCAGGUUCACUGUGAUGCUACUAUCGCUUUCCCAUUACUUGUAGCCGCAACAUUUGCACGGAGGUCUCAUAGUGCAAAUUCAACCAACUGA